AUGAUACCAACUGUAAAGGAACGCCAAGCUGGAGCUUAUGAUUUCAGAAAAUAUUAUGAAAAUCUGUGUGCGCUGCGAAAUUGCUCCCCGCUCUCUGCAAUCACAAGCCAUGUUGAUAAUGGAGUUCUUGACAUAAGUGCAGAUAGAUUAAAGACUCAAGAGUGGGAUCCAGUUUUUGAUGCUAUUAAAAUCAAUAAAAGCCUGCAUUUCAUUGCAAUCAGAAGUUUCUAUCAGUAUAAUAGCGUUUCAGACAGUGCAACUUCAACCAAUCGACGACGUCCACCAAUUUUAUUAUCCAGUUCAAAACUUUUAUUAAAUUUAUGCAAAGCAUUACGUCACUGUGCAUGUGUUACAGAAAAAUUAACAUUUUUAGAAUUGCAAAAUCUCCCACUCAGUAAAACAGGUUUAUUACAAAUUUGUGAAGGUAUUAGAAAAAAUCGUACAUUGAAACAUUUGUCAUUUGAAGGUUCUUCCAUAAAUGAUGAUGGUCUUGAAGAAAUUUGCCGAGUUUUACGUCAUGUCCCAAAUAUUUCAACUCUCAAUUUAACAUCAUGUAAUUUGUCAAAGGAUGGAAUCUCUGCAUUGACUGUACUUAUCAAUGUAAGUAAAUAA